ACAGAGGGGGACGAGAGGGAAGGAGGUGGUGCUUGAGGAGGAGAUAAAGGUGGAUGAUAUUAUCAAUAGUAAGUUCUGAGUUCCCUUUUAUAUUGUACCCGAAAGAUGCGGAGAACAUGCGGUUUGAUUUUCUUACAUUUAUUGUGUCUCAUCCUUUGCCCGAAAGAGUAACACUAACUCCCAUAGUCCAAUUCACUUCAGGCACUACAUCAACACCCAAAGCCGCUUGUCUAACACAUACCGGCAUCCUCAAUAAUGGCUACUUCAUCGCAACCAGAAUGGGUCUUACACCCGAAGACAUCGUAUGCUGUCCUCCUCCCUUAUUCCACUGCUUUGGCUCCAUCCUAGGCUACAUGGCAACCGCCACAACAGGAGCCGCUCUGCUCCUCCCCUCCGAAGCAUUCAACCCCACCGCAACUCUCCUCUCCAUUCAAGAAGAAAAAUCCACAGCACUUUAUGGCGUAGCCACCAUGUUCGUCGCAGAACUCGAGCUCCUCGCCAACAGAGUCGUCGAAUACAAAGGCUUCGAACAUCUGCGUACUGGUAUUGCAGCAGGCAGCUCAGUUCCCAGCAGUCUUAUGGAGAAGCUUCAUAAGACGCUCAAUCUCACAGGCCUAACAAUUUGCUACGGUAUGACGGAAACCAGCCCUGUAUCAUGCAUGACCACACCCGACGACCCCCUCAUCAAGCGCGUCGACAGCGUAGGCCGCCUACUCCCCCACGUCGAAGCAAAAGUCGUCGACGUCUCCGACGGCAAAACCAUCCUCCCCAUCGGCCAGCGCGGCGAACUCGUAGUCAGCGGCUACAACGUCAUGAAAGGGUACUGGGGCGACUCUGCACGCACCGCCGAAGUCAGGGUCAUUGAGAAAGACGAGAACGGCAAUGAGAAGGUGUGGAUGUAUACGGGUGAUGAAGCGGAGAUGGAUGAGGAGGGGUAUGUGAAGAUUACGGGCCGGAUCAAGGAUUUGAUUAUUCGCGGAGGGGAGAACAUCCAUCCGUUGGAGGUUGAGAAUGUGGUGUUUAAGAUGGAGGAGGUUAGUGAGGUUAGUGUGGCGGGAGUCCCGGAUGAGAAGUAUGGGGAGGUGGUGGCGGCUUUUGUGGUUGUUCAUAAAGGAGUGAGGGUGGGUGUUGAUGAUAGGGGGAAAGGGGAGGCGGAGAUUGAUGGCUUGAAAGCGGGAGAUGGCAAAGGGGAGAAGAUCCUGACUAGGAAUAUGAUUAGGGAGUGGGUGAGGGAGAGGUUGAGUAAUCAUCUUGUGCCGAGAUAUGUGUUUUGGGUGGAUGAGUAUCCCAAGACGGCGAGUGGGAAGAUUCAGAAGUUUAAGUUGAGGGAGAUGGCGACGGAUUGGGUUGCUGAGGACUAGUUCAGUGUAGAGAAAGGUGCGGCUCAUGGGGUGAGAUGUGUAUAUAUUUCAAAACCGUUUGCAUUGAAUCGAAUGAAUUCAUAGACUUUUGA